AUGCUGGAGAAAAUCAAUCGUCUGAAGGAUCCCGAUUCCAAAAGUUUAAAGAAAAAGAAGUUAAAAAGUAGUGCAAUAGGAGGUUUAAAGAAAAUUACCUUAAAUGCGAAUCAAGAUUAUCCUCUUUCAACAUUGAAGGACACGAUUUUGGACCAAUAUAUUAAUGAUAUCAAUAGACCGUAUUUUCAAGAUUGUGACAUUGCCAUAGGAACCAAUGAUAAUCAGCCUAUCACGACUUACAUUGAUAAUGACGGAGAUGAGUGUGACUUUUGGAAAUUUUGCAGCGACAAACUGAGAAACUCGAAUCACGCAUUAAGAUUAUUUAUAUUGUCAGUUAAGGUAGGAUCCAACGAUUUCACUUUAAAUUCUUCGAACACUAAUUCUUUGACCCGAGUACCAGAAGCACAUCAUUCGACAAACAGUUCAAAAAUGUCUGAAAUGUUGCAGACACAAUUAACAUCUGAAAUCAAUUCACGAAAAAUCGACGAAAAAAAAAUUUUGCAACCUACUACCAACACAUCUUCUUCUCCGCCAAGUGCUUUAAAAUUGUCACAAAUUUUGUCUCCCUCGUUCACAUCCGAUCUUGACACAUCCACAUCACAGUUAAGUGGUGAAUUCGGUGAAUUUCGUGACAAAUUUGAAUUUAAAAUACCAGAAGCAAAAACCGGCUUGGAUAAAUUAAAUUUAUCGAUUAAGAAAGUUGAAUAUUCCGAUUUACAAUUCACAAAUGUAACUUUAGGAAGAGGAGGACAAGGGAUUGUUAUAAAAGGAUUCUAUCUGAAAACUGAAGUUGCUAUAAAGUCCAUAACGAAAAGCUUCUCUGAUAGACAAAUUUUAAAAGAAAUAUCACUCUUGGAUAAAAUUAGGCAUCAGAACAUAAUAUCGAUUAUGGCAGUAUCCUCGACUCCAACGCAAUUUCAUAUUGUCAUGGAGUUUUUUGAUUCCAUUUCCUUGUACUCUCUGCUUUUCGAUGAAAGUAAAAAAACAUCUGCUGCAAAAUACAUGUCUUCGAAAAAUAACAUAGCUCUGCAGCUUUGUACUGCUGUUUCUUAUUUGCAUUUGCAAACUCCUCCAAUAGUUCAUAGGGACAUAAAACCUGCAAAUCUCUUGAUUAAUGAAAUUGGUUUCUUAAAACUAUGCGAUUUGGGGUUAGGAAAGUGUUCCUCAUUGGAAAAAAGCUUGCAAUCAUCAAUGGAAAUAUCGAUGAAAGGCACUUACUUCUAUAUAGCGCCAGAAAUUGUUCUGGGCAGAGGGGUAGCGAAUACAACUACAGAUGUUUGGGCUGUAGCAUGUACUCUCGUUGAGCUGUUUAGUGGAAAUGCGGUUUGGCAGUUGAGCAGAUCGAAUAGAAGUGUUGUAGUUUUUCUGACGGAAAAAUUUUCCAACUACAAAGUGCCUAAUAUAAGAAAUGCUCCAACAUUCAUGCAGAAAACUUUGCUUCACUGUUUCAGUUACAGUCAGGAAAAGAGACCAAGCAUUACUGUUCUGCAAGAUUUGUUUCUAAAUUAA